AUGCUUUUGACAUCCUCGUCUGGUCCUAUCCGAACCCCAGUAGGCGCGUGUGCCACAGCGCUCGAGUCUUUGGAUACAGGCUGUGACCUGAUUAUAGCUAAAAAGGCCAAGGUCUGUCUUGUCGGCGGAGUCGAAGACUUCGUCGAGGACGUCUCUUAUGAGUUUGGAAGCAUGAGAGCGAUGGCCAAUACGGACGCCGAGUUUGCCGCUGGUAGGCGUCCCGAGGACAUGUCCCGGCCGACAGCUUCCAGCAGAAGUGGCUUCAUGGAAUCACAGGGUUGUGGCAUUCAGGUGCUGACUUCAGCCGAGCUGGCACUUGAGAUGGGACUACCUAUAUACGGCAUCGUGAGUUACACCAACAUGUCCGCGGAUAAAGCCAGCCGGUCAAAGGAGUCUUACAUAUCGGCACGUCGCAAGCUUCUCGACCUGCGAAAGCGACAAAUAGGAGAUUGGCGCGAGGCUAGUAUUCAAGACGUCCUCUCCGACCCUCAUGACGUACUGCUGUUCCCCGCGACCGAGGACGUAGAACGCCAUCGGGAUGAGUGCAUUUCUGCACUUGAAGAGGAGGCCAAGAGGCAGGUGGCAGAGGCGACCUUUAAUUUAGGUAAUAGUUUCUGGAAAGACUGUACCAAGCAGCAACUUUCCCCUCUACGAGGAUCUCUGGCGACCUGGGGACUCGGAAUCGACGACAUUACAGUUGCGUCAUUGCAUGGAACGUCAACCGUCCAAAAUGAUCUGAAUGAAACGUUAGUCAUUGAAGAGCAGAUGAAACAUCUUGGUCGUAAAGAUGGUAACCUCUUGCCUUGCGUCACCCAAAAGUGGCUAACCGGCCAUUCUAAGGGAGCAGCUGGAGCAUGGAUGGUGAACGGUUGUUUACAGAUGAUGGAUACGGCUUUGAUCCCCGGCAACAGGAACGCUGAUAAUGUGGACAAAGAGCUCCGUUCUAGGCAACACUUGCUAUUCCCUAACGUGCCCAUGGGCACGGAUGGUAUUAAAGCAUGCUCGGUCACAUCGUUCGGAUUUGGGCAAAAGGGGUCCCAAGCUCUUUUGGUUCACCCGCGAUAUCUCUUCGCUACUAUUUCAGCUGAAUCUUUCCAACUAUACGCGGGCAAAAGACAAAUGCGGUGGAAAGCGGCAACCGCAGCGUUUGUGAGAGGCAUGGUCAAUGAAAACAUGGCGUCCCUGGCUAUCAAGUCGAGUGCUCCGUAUGCAAAGGAUCAAGAAAUACAGACGCUGCUCGACCCAAACGCAAGAUUGUAA